GGUGCUUCAACAAAUCUCACUGAACAUCACGAGCUGACUGCAGAACCAAAGAAAAAUUUGUAAAACCUCUCUGAAUCCCAAAGUUCAAUACAGAAGAGCAACAAAAUGAUAAGUCAACUUAUUUUUGCAUUCGCCAUCAUCAUUCCAUCCACAUAUGCCUUCAGAAUAGCCUGUUGGUACACAAACUGGUCACAGUAUAGACCAGGGGCUGGAAAAUUCUUCCCAGGAAACAUAGAUCCUAACUUAUGCACACACAUCUACUAUGCCUUUGCUAACGUGGGCCUAGAGAACGGAGAGUGGGGCCUUCAGAUGAUUGAAUGGAACGAUGAAGCUAAAUACGCCGAGAUGAUGGCGCUGAAGAAAAUAAACCCCAAACUCAAGGUAUUGUUGGCAGCGGGAGGAUGGAACCACGGCACAGAAACAUUCAACAUUAUGUCCAAGCAGAGGUCAACAAGAGCGCAGUUUCUCAAAAAUGUCAUCUCUUUCUUGCGAAAGUAUAACUUCGACGGUCUCGACUAUGACUGGGAAUACCCCGGAGAUGCAGAUAGGGGGAGUGGCCCCGAGACAAAACAACAGUUUUCUGAUUUGGUGAAGGAGUCGAGAGAGGCAUUUGCCGCAGAGGCAGCAUUUAGUGGAUCCGAGCGCUUGUUAGUGACUGCGUCAGUGGGUGUGACUGCAGAGAAAGCAAAGAAUGGAUACGAUAUUCCUGUCAUGAAUAAGUACCUUGACUGGACUAAUCUGAUGACCUAUGACCUCCAUGGCGGCUGGGAAAACUUUCUUGGUCACAACUCUCCUCUGUAUCCCAGAUCGGAUGAAACCUACCCCCAAAACCAACUCAACGCUCAUGUUUCCGUGGAGUAUUGGAUCGCUCAAGGGUACGACCCAGCUAACCUCCUCCUGGGAGUGGGUUCAUACGGACGCUCCUUCACCAUGCAGGACGCCAACAGACAUGACUUGGGGGAUCCCGCUUCUAGAGCAGGGAGUCCAGGGCCAUUUACCAGAGAAAAUGGAUUUUUGGGUUAUUACGAGGUAUGUCAAAAAGCUUGGCCAAGUGUAUUCAGCAAUGAACACAAAGUACCAUAUGCCUUCGACACAGUCUCUCUUCAGUGGGUGGGGUACGAUGACAUGACAAGUAUGAGAAUUAAGGCUGAUUAUGUAUGUUCCAAUCAGCUGGGUGGAAUCCAUAUGUGGGCCUUAGACAUGGACGACUUCUCUGGCCAAUUCUGUAAACACGGGAUGAAUUAUCCUCUCCUUAGAACUAUAAACGCUGGUCUUCAAGCAUGUAGUCCCCAGCCUGGUACCCCUGCACCCACUGAUGCACCCACCCAGGCACCCACUCAGGCACCAACUCAAGCGCCAACCCAGGCACCUACUCAAGCACCCACCGCUGCACCAACUCAAGCACCAACCCAGGUACCAACUCAAGCACCUACCGCUGCACCAACUCAAAAACCCACCCAGGCACCUACCGCUUCACCAACUCAAGCACCUACCAAACCACCUACAGCUGCACCAACCAAAGCGCCAACCCAGGCACCUACCAUUGCUCCAACUCAAAAACCCACUGAGGCACCUACUGAAGCACCUACCGUUGCACCAACUCAAGCGCCAACAAAGGCACCUACUCAGCCCCCAACUACAGCAGCAAGUGGAAAAUUCGUUUGUCCCGAAGAGAGCGGAUAUUUUCCACAUCCAAGAAAUUGUAGAAAGUUCUAUCACUGCGCCAUGAAUAAAGCAUUCAGCAAAAUCUGCCCCAAAGGCAUGUUCUACAACCCACAGACUUACCUCUGCGACUACGAAGACAACGUCCCAUCUUGUGCCAAUGGAAACCCCACAGAAAUAGAUCCAUUCAUAUGUCCCAGCGAUGGCAUCUUCCCCGACCCUGAUGACAACGGAUGUUACUACAACUGCGCCAAUGGUAACCCAUUCCGCACAUGCUGUAUGGACGGCCUGGUCUUUGAUACCCAAGACCUCAUCUGUAGAUUUUCAUUGCAAGAAGAAGCCGAAGUCAUGCACCCAAAGUUUCCCAAAGUUAAGAAAUUGGAGAAGAUUUACUAAAUGAAUAUAUAGAACAUUGCUGCGUGUAUAUGAAAAAAAGGUUAUAUGAAUAGAUGGAAUAUUGAUUGAAUAUUGGUUAUUACGGACAUCUACGGAUAUACGAAUGAUGGACUCCGCAUUAUCCUACUCAGGGUCACGCCCAGGCCGACCAAAAAGUAACAGGGUCUGAAACUGAGAUAACCUGUGUUAAAUACUUAUUGCUAGUGUGAUGUCAGUUUAACAGUAAGCAUUGUCAUAGAUGAGCUCAAAGCUUUUCAUUUUUUUUCCUGUGGACUUUAAUAUAAUUUUUAAUGUAAGUUAAUUUAUUUUUACCAUUUUACU